AUGUCGAAUCCGAACAUCGACCGCGUUAUGCACGACGGCUUCCACCGUUCCAAUUCAGAUUAUUCAUACGGAAAUGGUGGAGGCGGCGGCGUAAAGGAGCGUGACGUCUAUGAAAGCUCCGGCUCGUCCUCACGGCCUGCCCAACCCAGCGGGAAUGCUGGCAAGCGUGGGUCGCGCGCCUGUGUCGCCUGCCGCAAGGGGAAGAAUCGCUGCGAGCCUGACCCCGGUGGCGCGAGCUCAUGUCGCCGAUGUUUACUCAAUGGCAUGACUUGUGUGUUCGAGAAGGCCGAACGGCGCGAGGCGCGCAGCCGUGACGCGGAAACGUGGUCCGGCGAGGCCGAGGCGCGCGUCAACACGCUCGAGAAGAGCGUACAGGCCUUGGCAAACGGGCAGCACCAGAUCCAGGCGGCGCUGCAACAGCUCCUCACAAUGAUCCCGCCCGCGACACCGGGGCCGGCUCCGUUCAUUUCGAGCGAGAGUUCACUCACGCCGAUGGCCACCCUGUUCCAGCAGUCGUCGACGACGACGCCGCCGUCCGUAUUUUCCACAACGUCGCCAGCAAACCAGUCUCAUGCCGGCCAGGCAUAUGGGGCGAGAGAUGACCCGCUGUCGCCUCAGAACAUUGCGAGCGGGCGUACAUCGGACCCAAAGCCAGCUCAACCGGACAAGGUGUGGCCAAAGCUGCCCGGAUUUGCACCCCCAGAUCAUCGCUUCGGAACUUAUGGGAUCAUCCCACUCGACUCUGCGCCGGCCUCACCUAGCCACUCGGCGCGAUCCUCACGCUCCCCCUCGGCUCACUCAAUGUCCUCUGAUACCGCUGUGCCACUCGUUGCCCCAAUUCAGGCACUACAGACACUGGCAAACGCGGCCGACCGCGCAGCCGCGAUGGCUGAUGGCACCGAGACGACUGACGACAUGCCGACGGAUGACUCGGAGCGCCGGUCAGAGGAGCGUGAUCAGCGAGGACGCAAGCGGAAACGCGUAACGAUCGGCGGUAGCAAGGACAUACAUUUACGAGUGCGCCGCCAGACUAAGCCGGAUCCCACGCCGCGCAACCCGUUCCCAGAUGUCGUGACCAAGGGCCUCGUCUCAGAGGCUGAGGCAAGGGAGCUGUGGGACAUCUUCUUUACGGGUUGCCAUUACUUUGUACCGCUGUGGGACAAGCAAUACGACGUGUUCGAGAGCUUUGUGGAACGCACGCCCUUCUCGACAAAUGGCAUGCUCGCUGUCGCAGCCAAAAUUCGGGCAGGUAACGGAGUUUUGGGUACCACAUUCCAUCGCUGCCUCGAGGAGGGGCAGGGCAUAGCGCGGUCAACGCUCUUUGGGCCCAUUGUCCGAAAGGAAGCCGUCAUGGCCAUGCUCAUCCUCAGUGUGUGGAGCCAGUACGGGUGGCUACCGGUGGGCCACGCGCUGCGCAUGGGCCUUGACAUCAACCUCCACCGUGCGCUCGACAAACUGGCGGACACAGCAGAAGGCCGCACGGAUGCUGAGGAGCGCGAUCUCAUCGUGUCGGCUCGUAUUUGGCUCAACUGCUACUUGAACGAACAUUUAUUGGCUUUAGGAACUGGCAAACCUCUCUUGCUGCGGGAUGACUCGUCGGUGCGAGCAGCUCGCGUCCUUCUUAACCACCCCAUGGCCUCAGAUACCGAUGCUUCCCUGGUCGCGCGCGUGGAAAUGGUCAACUUGCGAAUCCGAGUUGGAGAACACCUCAAUCAGCUUCAUGGCAAGGCUGACUCGUCGACCAUCGCCUUUGUGCGCAUGAUGUUUGGCGAGAUGGAGAACUGGUUCUCAGAAUGGCGGGGCAUCCUCCAGUCUCGAUACGAGGAGGAUAGCGUUUUGAUGCGGCUUCUGGAGGUCGAGCUACACUAUGCUCAGUUGUGGACCGUCUGCGCCGCGCUCCGUGGCUGUCAGUGGGACAAGCUCAGGAACGAGCAGCGUGAACUGGCGUUCCAUGCCAAGGACGCUGCGAUGAAGUGCCUCCAGAUCUACCUGUACUCGCACAACUUCCGGCGCCAUCUCAAGUACGCAACUCACGACCAGCUCGCCGCUGUCGCAUUCGCUGCAGUAUUCCUGCUCAAGAUCGCGAUGCUAUAUCCUCACGUCGUCAGCCUGCCAACGUUGACGAGCCGCGUGUCGGAGGUUGUGCAUGUGCUCUCCGCCGAGUGCUAUGCGGAGCGGUACGCGCUCACGCUCAAGCUCAUGCUUUCCAACCUCCGGCGCAAGACUGGCGCUAUCUCCACCGUGCCGGGCACGCCGCGGGGCAAGGAGGGCGGCCUGCCUGAGAAUCUUAACGGCGAAGAGUUGCAGGACGGGCUGCAGAGCCUGCUGACCAUGCCGAUGAACGAAGGUGACUACCCAUUCUUUGGGGACAGCAUCGAUGGAUUUGCGUGGCCCACCGAGUUUAGUCCAUCCAACCUCCCGACGUGGCUGCAGGACAACAGCGUCACCGAUCUAGGCUUGCCAGUCGACGGUUCCGAUUCACUCUUCCUCCCUCUCGAGCUUGCCAACUUGUUCCUCCCGUACGGCACGGCGCCGAGUGCCGAUCUGCAUCCUUUCGGCCUCCCCGAUUCAGGCGAUGUUGGCACCGAGGCGUGGUAG